AAAACGCUUCUCUGGUGUCGUUCUGUUUGACCUUUCUGGGUUUCCGUACAGUUGAAGCGGCGUUAACUGAUGUGUGAAGAUGGCAGAGGUAACAACACUAGAGAGUCUGUUAGAGAUGGGCUUUGACAGGAACAGAGCGGAGAAAGCUGUGGCCAACACUGGAAACCAGGGAAUUGAACAAGCUAUGGACUGGUUAAUGGAACAUGAGAAUGACCCAGACAUCGAUGAGCCUUACGUGCCACCUGUGGGGAAUGUCCUGGAAGGAGCAUCAGACAAUGAGCCCAGCGCACAGAUGACACUAGGAGACACUGCUGAAGAUAGGGAUGGCGACUUCAUUACAACCCAGGAAGGUAUAAAACGGCCGAUGACAGAGGAAGAGAAACGUGAUCAAGUCAAAAGGCUAGAGGAGCUGAUGCGGGUGAAACAAGCAGAGAGAAGAGAGCGUGAGCGAGCAGAGGAGGUGGAGAAGGAGAAACAGCGAAGGAGGCAGGGCCAAGAACUGCAGCAGAUCCGCCAAAAGCUACAGGAUGAUGAUAUGAAGAAGUUAGCUGAGCAGCGCAGGCGAGAGAAGAUGGAGGACAAGCUGGCAAGGCAAAGGGUCAAAGAGAUAGCACGAGACAGAGAGGAGCGAGCACAGAAGUUCGGAGGUGGUGGAUCUUCCACCACGGCUACGUCAUCUCAGCCUGCUCAGCCAAGUCCCUCAUCACCCACCAGUCAGGGUCCUCCACCCACUAAGAAGGAGUAUGAUGAGUCUAGGAUACAGGUACGUCUAUUGGACGGCUCGACCAUCACAACAGUCUUCAAGGCCCAGGAGCCGCUGGCGGCAGUGCGCGUCUAUGUACAAAUGAACGGCAACACACCUGAGGGUCAGGACUUCACACUGCUGUCACUGUAUCCCCGUCAUGUCUACACCGAGCUGGACAUGGAGAAGCCCCUCAAAGAGCUGGGUUUGGUGCCUUCGGCUGUACUGCUUGUUACCAAAAAGUGAGAUCAGGAGGAUGUUCUCUGUGAGCCUACCUCACCACUACACUAUCAACACAAAACACCAGAAAGAGACUGACCCAGAAGAGAGACUCCAUAUCUGAGUAUCAUUUAAUAACCAGCUACCUGAACUAUAGCCAAGAGGUAAAACUCAGAGCAGGACUACUCAGAGAAUGAAUGACCAACAAUAAUGGUUGGCUUGUUUUCAUCGAUCUUUCUAAUGACUUUUACUCAGUUAAGGUGGCUGGCUUUUGAUUGAUACUUUAAGAAGCACUGCUCAUGUUUUUCAACAGUACAUUUAUAAAACAGUCAAAACUCAACUCUUCAGUUUUACCCUGAUCUUUACAUGCAUUGAUAAUAAAGUAUCACAUAAGAUCUACUCGAUUGGUUCUGAAAGGGCCUUAAAUUUACUUCCCCACAAUCUUCCUGAUUUUGUGGCAUACAUACUUUAUCAGUUUUUUAUAUGUUAAAAUAUACUGACAGUUAAUCACUAAGAAACCACUUAAAAUAAAGCUGACAUGGAGAAUUGUGACUGGAUUGACUUUUUUAAAAAGCAACAACCACAAAUCAGAAAAAAAAUUGGGACAGACUAGAAAAU